AUGGCUUCCAAUGUUGCAAUCGAGAUAUUUGAGCUCAAUGCUGGGUUGAAUGCCCUUCUAUUUUCAACUUCCUUGGAAGCAAGCAUAGAGAUCAUGCGACUACGCCCAGAGAAUGAGAGAUGGAAGAAAACCACAAGGACAACAAUUGCCACUAAAGCGAUUGGUGAAGAAGUACAAGAUGAUAAUGCAGUACAUGUGGUUUGGAAUUGCAUCACCGUCAUGCAAUUGCAUAAUGAAGAUGAAGAUCCAAACUCCACGGAGCAUAACCACAAAGCUAAUGAAUGGGGUGCUUUACCUAGCACGAAGGGAAAGAAAAUUAAAUAA